CCAAUUGAAAUUCAUUGAUCUUCUUUUAAGGAUGGGUUUUGAUUGGCUGCUUGUUUCAUGUGCUUUUGCUUUUAUUCAUAUCACUGUUGAAAAACAUUGAUUGGUGAAGAAUUUAGUGUAAGAUUUAGAAUUUAGUGUAUGAUUUAUGAUGAAUGCUUUCUUUAUGCCUUACAUUAGAAGCAAUAAUCUUGUAGUGUUGCAUGUUUUGCUUCAACUUUCUUUUAAAGCUUCAUUAGUAACAUGCUUGAAAAUUGACAUUUAGAAGAGAUCCUAUGCUUUAUUAUUAAUUUUUUCCCCUACCCACCUUUUCUAAAGUUUAGUGGGGACUAAUAAGGUUGGCUAUUCUCUCUCCCAAAUGGGAAAGAUUUGUUGAUUGGUUAGUAUUUUGGGACCCCAUAUCAUGUGGAAAGCUAGCUAGAAAGAUCAAGUGUCAAGGAAUUCUUGUUUUCUUAGAUUGUGGGGUUUCUUAAUUUAUCAACUCAUUAUUUUGACUAGUAGAUCUCUUUCCAAUACUACUAUAAUCAUGCUUUUGGUUCCUUAUGUGUAUGCUACUCUCCUUUUUCCCUAACUUGUGCUUACUUUUCAAGUUUGGAAUUUUCCAUUAGACUGUUAUGGCAAACUAGUGACUUUCUAAAGCUAAUUAAUCUAAAUUCUAAGGUUGAAGCACUCUUGAUUCUGUGUCCAUCAGUAAAUCAUCAAGUCCUAGAAAGAUGAAAAUGAAGGAUGGAAGGUCGAUUCAUCACCCUGAUAAAGGGGUGAAGAUCGUCCCUUUGUCUUUUAUCAUUAUUCUGUUAUGUGGGAUAUCGUUUUAUCUUGGUGGCGUUCUCAUUCCUAUCAAGAACACCAUCGAUGCUAAAGAUAUCACCGAUGUCAUUACAAAGACAGAACAUAAGACGAAAUCAGUAGUUGCACCUCUUAAGAUGAAGUCUAUUUUCUUCCCUGAAUGUGGGGUUGAUUACCAAGAUUAUACUCCUUGCACAGAUCCUAGGAGAUGGAAGAAAUAUGGAUACCAAAGACUUACGUUCUUGGAACGACACUGUCCGCCAAUUUUCGAAAGAAAAGAGUGCUUGGUGCCUCCACCUGAAGGGUAUAAAUUACCAAUCAGAUGGCCAAAAAGCAAGAAUGAAUGUUGGUAUAGAAAUGUGCCAUAUGAUUGGAUCAACAAGCAGAAGUCUAAUCAGAAUUGGUUGAAGAAAGAAGGUGAAAAGUUCCUGUUCCCUGGUGGAGGCACUAUGUUUCCUAAAGGAGUUAGUCAUUAUGUAGAUCUUAUGGAAGACUUGCUACCUCAAAUGAAAGACGGAUCUAUUCGUACUGCUAUUGACACUGGUUGUGGGGUUGCUAGCUGGGGAGGUGAUUUGUUGGAUCGGGGCAUUCUAACUGUUUCUCUGGCCCCAAGGGAUAACCAUGAAGCACAAGUCCAAUUUGCCUUGGAACGUGGGAUUCCCGCAAUUCUAGGAGUCAUUUCAACACAACGGCUUCCAUUCCCUUCUAAUUCAUUUGAUAUGGCUCACUGUUCGAGAUGCCUCAUUCCCUGGACUGAGUUUGGUGGGUUGUACCUCAUGGAAAUACACCGUAUACUCCGGCCUGGUGGGUUUUGGAUUCUCUCAGGACCUCCUGUGAACUAUGAGAAUCGUUGGAGAGGAUGGAAUACCACCGUUGAGGCGCAAAGAUCAGACUAUGAGAAACUACAGGAGUUGCUUACUUCUAUGUGCUUUAAGCUGUUCAGUAAAAAGGAUGAUAUUGCAGUGUGGCGCAAGGCCUCAGACAAUAGCUGCUACGAUACGAAGCUCGCUAAUCCCGAUGCUUAUCCCCCUAAGUGUGAUGAUAGUAUGGAGCCUGAUGCAGCUUGGUACACUCCUCUUCGCUCAUGCGUGACAGUGCCAAGCGCCAAGCUCAAGAAAUUGGGUUUGAAAUCUUUGCCCAAGUGGCCCGAGCGUUUGAGUUUUGCACCAGAUCGUCUGUCUGAGGUUCCUGGAGGGAGUGCAGGUACCUUUAAGCACGAUGAAAGCAAGUGGAAGGUCAGAGUGAAGCAUUACAAGAAAUUAGUCCCGGCCCUUGGAAGUGACAAAAUACGUAAUGUUAUGGAUAUGAAUACAUUGUAUGGGGGUCUCGCAGCUCAACUGAUUAAGGAUCCCGUUUGGGUUAUGAAUGUGGUAUCUUCGUAUGGUGCUAACUCAUUGCCUGUGGUCUAUGAUCGGGGCCUCAUUGGAUCUUAUCAUGAUUGGUGCGAGCCAUUCUCUACCUAUCCAAGAACAUACGAUCUUCUCCACGCCGAUGGCCUCUUUACUGCUGAAAGCCACAGGUGCGAUAUGAAGUACGUGCUCUUAGAAAUGGAUCGAAUUCUAAGACCAAAUGGGUUCGUUAUCAUCCGGGAAAAUAGCUACUUCGUAGAUGCUAUUAGUACUAUUGCAAAGGGGAUGAAAUGGGAAUGUCACAAGGAAGAAACCGGGUAUAGUAGUGAGAAUGAAAAGAUACUAGUUUGCCAGAAGAAACUGUGGUACUCUAAACAGUUUUUAAGAUGAUGGAAAUUGACAAAUCGUGACAACUCUAAGUUCUCGUGAAGUCAAGGAAGUCCUCUCGAUAGAACUUCCAGGCAGACAGUUAAUUGUUUGAUUAUACUUUGAAGCAAUUAUAGAUAGAUCAAUAGCAAAGAUAAGGGAAGGCAAAGCAUAUAUAGCCAUAGCCCAUAGGUGAUUCUUUUGCCGUGGAAGGAGGAGGCACGCGCUAUCUAUCCGAAUUCAUUAUAGAAGAAAUGAGAGGUUAUUAUACUGAAAUUCGUCAAUUUUUAAAGAACGAUAGAAAUAAUAAGAUCUUAUAAAUUUUGUAGUUAACUUAUAUGUGGAUUUUUAUGAAGUAAGACAUGCUCCAAAUUUGGUUGUA